GACAAUCCUCUCGAUAGUAACAACCUCGACACCUUUUAUCACUUCGCUGACCAAGCACCUCCGCAAAACUCCCCGCGAAGCAAAUCCAGGAGUAUCAACAAAAGCUCGGCUGCCUACUAUUCGCAGCACCUGCUGGAUGAGGUGCGGAGGAGCAGAGGAGCGGCGGAGGAGAGAAGCGGAGGAGGAGAGGAGCGGAGGAGCAGAGGAGCAGAGGAGCGGAGGAGGAGAGGAGCGGAGGACGAGAGUAGCGGCGGAGCAGAGGAGCGGAGGAGCAGAGGAGCGGAGGAGGAGAGGAGCAGAGGAGGUACGCUGCGGAGGAGGAGAGGAGCGGCGGAGCAGAGGAACGGAGGAGCAGAGGAGCGGAGGAGCAGAGGAGUGCAGGAGGAGAGGAGCGGAGGAGCAGAGGAGCGGAGGGGUAGAGGAGCGGAGGAGGAGAGGAGCAGAGGAGGAACAAUGCGGAGGAGGAGAGGAGCAGCGGAGCAGAGGAGCAGAGGAGGAGAGGAGCAGAGGAGGAGAGGAGCGGAGGAGCAGAGGAGUGGAAGAGAAGAGGAGCGGAGAAAGAGAGGAGAAGAGGAGGAGAGGAGCGGAGGAGGAGAGGAGCGGAGGAGGAGAGGAGCGGAGGAGGAGAGGAGCGGAGGAGGAGGGUAGCGGCGGAGCAGAGGAGCGGAGGAGGAGAGGAGCGGAGGAGCAGAGGAGCGGAGAAGCAGAGGAGCGGAGGAGGAGAGGAGCGGAGGAGGAGAGGAGCGGAGGAGGAAAGUAGCGGCGGAGCUGAGGAGCGGAGGAGGA